AGUCGAUUUCUUCAAAGUUUAUACAAUGUUCGGCUUGAUAUUAUUCAUUUCUUUUUUGUCUUAUUCUACUGAAUCCCAACAAAAUUUUGUCCAACAAUCCAGUUGGAUGUUUAAUCAACGUCAAAUUGAAAAAAACCAGCAACCUUGUCAUUUUAAGAUGAUUGAAAAGUGUUUCAAGAGAUUUGAAAAAUACUCUAAUCGUAGGUAUUCAGUUGGAGUUUUAAGUGAAAAGGAAGGAUUGGAUGACCUUUGCAACACUACACAAUCAACAUUCAACUGCUUGACGGAUAGUGUAAACCAAUGCGGAACUCCAUUUCACAGAGAAUUAGCAAAGAAUAUAAUCAAAGAGCUAUCAAAAACUUUCAAAAAAUUUUGUGAACCAGGAAAAUUACGUGAUGAGUUCUCCAAACAUGCUCCUUGUAUUAUCGAUGAAGUAUUGAACACUGUUAAUUACAAACAAGAUUGCUAUUUCCCGUUUUUGACUUCCAUUGGCCGGACUUUCACAGUAAAAACAAUUGAUCACCAUUUGGAAGUUGCCUGUUGUGCAUAUAAUAAAUGGCAAAGCUGCUUAUUCAAUAAAGUAACUCAAAAAUGCGAGGAAAGUGGUAAAAACGCAAUGAUUUAUUUCACCGAAAAAAUAUUUGGUGAGGCCCCGAAUCGAGUUUGUCCAGCCAAUGAAUUUGACCACGAAGGAUCUAAAUGUUCAAACUCUUUGGAAGUAUCGGGAAUGAUUGGAUUGGAAACACUUUUACCAGUAGCCAAAUACUUGUCCACGCAGUUGGUCUCAUUGUUGAAUUGAAAUUUUUCAAGGCUUAAGCUA